UUUUAGAAGCUGGUAGCAGAUAAUGUUUGACUUCUUUUAUUUGUAGGCAUGGUUUUGUUUUUUUAAGGGGCUCAUAUCUCUUCAUGAUGCCACAUUUUGUUAGCUGUGACCUUUUUGACUCUUGGACAACCAAAUGUAGAUAAAAACAUUUAGGUCCUCAUGAAAGGAAAAGGAGGCCAGAGACACAAACGUUCACAUUCAAAGUGUGAAAGAAGACGAGAGAAAGCAGGAAGCUGUGGCCUUUAUGACUUCAGGUGUGAUAGAAUGCAUAGAAUCAGCCAGUCAGUCAGCCAGUCAGUCAGUCAGUCAGUCAGUCAGUCAGUAUGGCGAUAACAACACUGUGCGCCGUCGUUGCCGCUCUGAGAGUCGUCCCAGAUAAAUCCCAGUUCUUCCAGUACGAGUCUGUCUCUCUGAGCUGUGGGCAGCAGGAAACCUCUGCUGACUGGAGAGUGAAGAAGAACACAUCCACGAGCAUCAACCAAGAGUGUUCAACCUCCACAGAGAGAAUGAAUGAAUCCCACUGCUUCAUCGGAGACCUUUACCCACUAGACACUGGGACGUACUGGUGUGAGUCUGCAGCAGGACAGUGCAGCGACGCCGUCGACAUCUUUGUGAUCAGUGGAUCUGUGAUCCUGGAGAGUCCCGCCCUCCCCGUGAUGGAGGGAGACGAUGUGACUCUCAGCUGCAUAACCACGUCCUCCUCCAACCUCACAGCUGAUUUCUAUAAAGAUGGCCUCCUCAUCGAGAGCAGCUGGACAGGAAACAUCACCGUCCUCAGUGUCUCUCAGUCUGAUGAAGGACUCUACAGGUGUGACGUCUCUGGAGGUGGAAGAUCUCCAGAGAGCCGGCUGACUGUCAGAGCAGGGCGUCUUGAUCUACCAGACUCCCCCAUCACACGCCUUCUACUUCCUGUGGUGGGCUUCUGCCUCUCGCUGGUCUUGCUGGUCUCUCUGAUGCUGCUCUGCCUCUGGAGGAGCCACAAAGGUAAAGAGCGUGAUGUGUCUUACACAGAUGUGAUCAUCACACAGGAGCCAAACAGGAUCACAGAUGUGUCCGUAAUCACUGCAACCUUCUAUUCAACUGUCAAACCUGGAAACACCUGACAGGAAAACAACAGCACUGGUGUGGAAAUCUGUUUUAUUAAUUAAUGGAUUAAACAGGAGACCUUAUCAGAAACUGAGUGGAUUAAAGUUGAUUUUUCAAAGCGUCAACAAAGGAAUAAAGUCUGAUUGGUCGAAUAGAAACAUGCUGAACUCCCAGUUUCAUCUCUGAAUAUGACGUGUCAGCAGUUUCUCCCCACUAAAAGUCCUGAAACUAAUCUGAAACAAAUCCUAUGAAACCAGAAACUGUGUUUUUAGCACCAAACUUUGCUUAAAUAAGAAAAUCUGUUCAUUCUGUGUCGUCUGAAUAUGUAAUCGUCAUCAUUUGUUCAUGUUGUUUAAAUAAACAUUGUUAAAGGUGCAGCUUUAAAUCAC